UUCUUUGGGCUAUAGCUCUCUCAACUUCAUCAGAAUAUUUUAUGUAUUUCUUAAGGAAAGAAGAGAAUCAGAAGAAUAUCAUCUAAACAGUAUGAGUAGUUCCAAUAUGAAACAGCCUGAAGAUAUGAAAUAUUUCUUUAAUGCUGAUAAAACAUCUAAAUAUGCUCAACCAUGUUUGUUCAAUGCUCUUGAAAUUCAUGCUAAAUUUCAACAUUAUCGUUCAGAAAAUUAUGCUCAAGCAGUUCGGAAUACUUCUUGCAUAUCAGUUGAAUCUAAACUUUACAAAAAGAACUUUUCUCCUCUAAAAUAUGAAUCAAUAGAAGAAAAAUGUUCACCUGAAAUAAUUUUAUCCAAAAGUGUUCCUUCAUCUCCAAAACAAAUUCAUGUAUCAAAAAAAUCAUUAACAUUACCAUCAUCUAGAAUUUGUAACUUGCAUUAUAAUGAAACAUGCAGCUCAAGCAUUUCAAAUUUUUUUAAGAAGUUUUCACCAAAAAUUAGAAAAAGUCUUCAAUCUAAACAUAAGCCAUGGAUUGUAAUACAGUUUUCACAAAAAGAUCUUGAUACACAUAACAUUGACAGUGUAAAAAAUGUAAAUAAUUCUCAAACUUUCAAGUUUUCUUCCAGUAAAAGAGAUUUUUGUGAUAAACUUAAGACUAAUGGUAAAAGCCUCUACAAAAGAAAAAUUAAUAUUAAUAAUAUUAGAAGAAAUGGCAGUUUAACCAAUCUUAUCCACUCAACUAAUAAAAUUCAUAAUAAAUAUAUUUCACUUCAGAGUAUCAAAUGGAAAAAGAGGAAAUAUUCUGAAAAAGAAAUUAAUUGUUGGAAGAAUAAAUUUUUAACAAAUGAAAAAUCAUUUUCAUCUAGAUUAUAUGGAAAUAAGUCUUUAACAGAAAUAACAUCAUUAAAAUCUUUAGAAGAUAAUUUUUCUGUAAAUCACAAAAAUAAGAAAGGAAUUUUUACAAAGAAAUUUGCUAAACAUGAACAGGCACAUCAUUGUGAAGAUUAUUCAGAAGUGCCAUCAAUCAAAGUUCACACAUCAGAUGAUUUAAAUCAGAAAGAUCCUGUCAAUGAAGUAACAGUUUAUCCUCAACCAUUGAAGCUUACACUUAAAUCAUUAAGUAUGACAUCUUUGAAUGAUAAAGCAUUAGGAGGAAAGCAUUAUACUGCAUCAAAAUUAACUAGAAUUAACCAUAAUUAUUCAACUGAUUCUUCAUUAUUGAUUGUCCCUGAAACAAGGUAUAUUAUUGCAAUAAUUAAUAUAUGUACUAACUUAUAUCUGUCUAUUUUUUAAUAAAAUAUAACUAUUGACUAUAAAAAAAUUAAAAAUUAAUUAUAUAAUUAGUUUUAGGUAUAUUAUGCAUGUUAAAACAAUACAAGACUAAAUAUUCUACUAAUUUAUGUUUGAUAUGUUGAUAUUAAUAAACAGUAGGCUCUUCUUUUAUACUAGGAUUAAAUUUCUGGAAAUGCCAGUGUAUAUUGAAUUGGCAUAAAUAAAAUAUAUAUUUUAAAACUUAGUGAUUUUUCCU